AUGGAACGCCUGCAAACUGAGGAUGGCCAUCACUUCAUCCGUUCUUUGGCGCAGUUUAUCCGCCAACACGAGAAGGCUCUAGCAAACAGCCUCCAGCUGUCAGUCCACAGACGACAGACUUCACCCAAUGCUCCCUCACCCACCGCCUCGAAAAGCUCUUCAGGCACUACCACCGCCGCUACCACCGCCGCAUCCAACAAUGCUGCCAGCGCUCUGGCCGCCGCUUUUUCCUUUACAGGCCUUAGUUUCAGAUCACAUGCUACGAAAGCUGCCCUACUCACCUUGACCCCCCACCACCUAUUCUUCCUCCUCUCACGUAUGGAAGAAAUUGACAUCAUGGUGGGCUCGAUGAAUAUUCGACUGGAAAAUAUACACAAUGAUUCUUCGUCGAACUACGUGUCAUUUCUACAAUCACAUAAGCCGACCAAGGGCCGCAGCGACAAGGACUCGAUCCACUCCGUCUCAAGCAUGCGAAGUGUCAUGUCUGGGAUGAGUACAUUUUGGUCUUCUAUUGGUCUCGGAGGUUCUACGUCCAAGUCGGAAAAAGCAAAAGUUGUCGAGCAGGCGGAUCUGACAUACUUAUAUUCAGCCUUUACAAAACUCCCGUCUCUUCGGCUUACCACUGAUCACCGCGCACGCCUGAUCAAGAAUUACGAGGAGUUCCCUUUCGACACUGCGGUCCCUUUGUUUGCUUUCAAGAAUCUUCAGCAGCUUGACAUUGUAGACCUUGACUUCCGCCAGUUCUUUGGAUGGGACCGCCUGGCCGAGCAACUGACACUUCUGACCGUCAAGCGUGCAAAUGUGGAAGACCCAGCCGAGCUGCUGACUCACAUUGUGCUAGAUGAUGCUGAGAAACGACGGAGACGCUCAACCAAAGGCGGACGUGGCUCUCCAACGCCUACAUCAUCCUGGACGGUUCCUUCAACUCCAUGUGCCGAAUAUGCACAGUCCCACUCAGAUCCUGGUUCCCCUGCCAUGGGGAGCAUUGGCCAUGAGGAUCACAAUGACAAUGUGCUUAAAGAGAGGCCAUUAUCGGGGAGUGUGUCACCUAAGCGGCCAAGCCCUUCUCGCCCGGCCAGCUCGUACAGGCACGUACGCUCAUACUCAUCCAAGGCCAAGAGGUCAGGCUCUGGUAGCUCCAACUCGAGUGACUAUUCGAUUCAACCGCACCGUAGUGAGAGUGCCUCAAACCUCCUGAGUAUGAACAUUCUCCCCGCCUCCAAGUGGCAGAGACUGAAAUACCUGUCCCUGGCCGAUAACUCAUUGACUUCGAUCUCAGCCAAAAGCCUAGCUCCAGUAGCAACUACUCUUCGAUCUCUGAAUCUUUCUUCUAAUCUCUUCGCCGAGAUUCCCGAUGGUCUCGCAUCGCUCACGAGGCUUGGAUCACUUGAUCUGUCAAAUUGCUUGAUCGGGUCUCUGCAGUCAUUAUCAAAGUCCCCUUUGCCAGCGGUAUUGACUAUCAACCUGAAAGGCAACCGACUGAGAUCACUUGCUGGUGUGGAAAGGUUGCUGUCUCUCGAGCAACUUAACAUACAGGACAAUCAGAUUUCAGACUCAAUGGAGAUGGCUCGCCUCACCGGCAUUCCCAACUUGAAGCGAAUCUGGGUGAAGCGCAACCCGUUCACCAAGUCAUCCUCGGAUUAUCGGAUCGCGACGUUUAACCUGUUCAGAAAGACUCCCGGCUAUCUGGAGGAUAUCGUCAUUGAUGAAUCAGGACCAGGUUAUACUGAACGUAAACAGCUUGUCGAUCGGACACCCGAAGUUGAACGCCAACUAGCGCAGCCCUCCAUUCGCAUCGCAGAGCUACCUGUGAUCAUUCAGCAGCAUGACCCCUCCAAACCGAUGGGUAGUGUCACAGGUGAAACGGCCAUGAAAUCUACCCGUCGAAGGAAGGCACCCCGGCGGCGUAUAGUGGACCUGGCCAAAGAUGAGAAUAGCAGUCGAACUCCCAGUGAGGAUCUUACCACAGCAGUGAUAGCAGACAGUAAGAUCACAGACCGACCAAGUCUCUUGACAGGUCGGACGCACAGUGAACCGAUACCAGUUUCGGUCAAUACGACUGAACCAGAUACAGACGAGUCCUCAGUGCAGACACUCGUCCAUCGAUCUAGCGAACAACUCACCCAAGAAGAUGAUUAUAGAGCCAAAGUCGAGGCUCUUCGACAGGAAUUUGGGAGCAACUGGUUGAGCGCGCUUGGAGAUCAGAACUGGCACAAUAGCCACUUAGUAGAAUUGAGCCGAGGGCAAGGCCUCGGACACGAUACUUUACACCGCCCAGGACAUCAGGUGAUUGUCAGCGGUGGACGCACUCUGGGAUGA